AUGCCUAUCACUGAGAUUAAGUUGCGGUGUUUGGAUGAUCUUACUGAUCAGAAAAGACUACAGCGUAGAUUGGAGUUGAGAGGUUACGUCGAGAAGAGGAUUACAGGUGAUGGAAAUUGCCAGUUCUGUGCUAUAGCUCAUCAAGUCUAUAACGACCAAGAUAAGCAUGACCGUGUUAGAAAAGAAAUCAUAAAAGAGCUCAAAUCAAAUCCAAAUCCUUACAAAGAAUUCAGAUUCCAAUACGAGGAGUACGUAAAGAACAUGUCCAAUGACGCCGUGUGGGGAGAUGAUAUCACAUUGGCAGCAGCUGCAACUGUGUAUGGAGCCAAAAUAGUUGUCAUUCAAUCAAGAAAAACUACACCUUCCUUUGAAAUUCUUCCCAGGUCUGGAAAAGCACACGACAAAGUCAUUCACUUGAGCUUUCUCACAAAUCUCCAUUACAAUUCGAUCCACUUGAGAAAAGGUGCAUGUACGGGUAAGGAGAAUAAGGAGAAGGAGAAGAAUAAGGAGGAGAAGCAGAAGGAGGAGAAAAAGGAAGAGAAGAAGAAGAUGAAGGAGGAGAAGAAGAAGGACAAGGAGAAUAAGAAUAAGAGAGAGAACAUGGACAAGAAGAGCAGGAAUAAAUUCCAUAGACAAUCUCACUUUUCUGUUGGCAUGUCAGUGCCUCUUGAAGGAGAAGAAGAAGAAGAAGUAGAAAAACUAUGUCGUCGGUUUCGCUUAACUGAUUUCAUGUGGUGA